CCCCUCACUCUCAUUUCCUCAUUCUAUUCUCGAGAACUUCUCACUUUUGUCUCUACUUUUUCUCUACUCUUCUUUAAAUCAUGUCUUGCUACAAGGGAAAGUACGCAGAUGAGCUUAUUGCUAAUGCUGCAUACAUUGGAACCCCUGGAAAGGGUAUUCUUGCUGCUGAUGAAUCCACUGGCACAAUUGGCAAGCGUUUCUCGAGCAUCAACGUUGAGAAUGUCGAAUCAAACAGGAGGGCUCUCCGUGAGUUGCUCUUCACCACCCCCGGUGCUGUUCAGUACCUCAGCGGUGUUAUCUUGUUUGAGGAAACACUUUACCAGAAGACCGCUUCUGGCAAGCCUUUCGUUGAUGUCUUGAAGGAGGGUGGAGUUCUCCCCGGAAUUAAGGUUGACAAGGGUACCGUCGAGCUCCCAGGAACCAACGGCGAGACCACCACCCAAGGUCUUGAUGGCCUUGCAGAGCGAUGCCAAAAGUACUACGAGGCUGGUGCUAGGUUUGCCAAAUGGCGUGCCGUGCUCAAGAUCGGUGCCAAUGAGCCUUCUCAGCUCGCAAUUAAUGAGAACGCCAAUGGCCUUGCCAGAUACGCCAUUAUCUGCCAGCAAAAUGGUCUUGUCCCCAUUGUUGAGCCCGAGAUCCUCGUUGAUGGAUCCCAUGACAUUAACAAGUGUGCUGAUGUUACCGAGCGUGUUCUUGCUGCUUGCUACAAGGCUCUCAAUGACCACCAUGUACUCCUCGAGGGUACCUUGUUGAAGCCUAACAUGGUCACUCCCGGUUCUGAAGCUGCCAAGGUUGCACCCGAGGUGAUUGCUGAGUACACCAUCCGUGCCUUGCAGCGCACAAUGCCAGCUGCUGUUCCCGCUGUGGUGUUCUUGUCUGGUGGUCAAAGUGAAGAGGAGGCCACUGUCAACCUCAACGCCAUGAACAAGCUCCAGACCAAGAAGCCAUGGUCGCUUUCGUUCUCCUUUGGACGUGCUCUUCAACAGAGCACCCUCAAGGCUUGGGCUGGAAAGGAGGAGAAUGUACAGAAGGCGCAAGCUGCAUUUCUUACUAGGUGCAAGGCCAACUCUGAGGCUACCCUCGGAAAGUAUGCUGGUGCUACCAACUUGAGUGAGGGUGCUUCUGAGAGCCUUCAUGUCAAGGACUACAAGUACUAGAACAAGUUUUUUGGUUUCUGUUCCUUUUUUGAUUUCCGUUUUGAAAACGAGAUGGCAGUAUGGAAUUACAAAAGUGUCUGUUUUAAUGGACAUAAUGUGUAAGGCUUUCUUUCUGUUUUUUCUAUCUGAUGUAUGGCCGCGGAUUGGUUUAAUAACAAACAAUAUUGGCGUUGUGACACUGAA